AUGACCUACACUGAAACCGGGAAGCAAUGUCUCAUAUGGAGUGAUAUACCCAAUUCCGCAAGCCUGCCAUACUUCAUGUUCUCCCAUCUCUCCUAUGAAGACCGCCAAGAACCUCCAGAGGAUCUGAAGAAAAACUUAUACCGUUGGGUAUCAGAGCAGAGCUUGAACUACUGCCGUAAUCCAGGAAUGCAAGAGCGGCCCUGGUGCUUUGUCUCAUACAAGGAUUUCAGCUGGGAAUAUUGCAACAUCCCAUUCUGCGACAGUCCUAAAGAGCCAGUGGAAUGUAGGCUGACACGAAUGGGAAUGGAGUACGCAGGGUUGAAGAACGUGGAUGCGGAUGGGAGAAAGUGUCAACGCUGGUUGAGCCAGACCCCCCACAAACAUUCCAUGCUCCUUCAUCUGUUGGAAUUCCCCGAUUCUGGUUUGGAUAGCCACCACAACUACUGCCGGAAUCCAGGCGAUAGAGGCAUGAGUGGUCCGUGGUGUUACCCCGAAGGGAGCAAUGAGAAGAAGUCAUGCGGUAUCCCUUUUUGCUGGGAAGCAUAUAGACAAGUUGCUAUUGCUGGAAAGCCGGCGAAAGGAUAUCCGGAAUGUCUCCAAAGCGCAAAGGGAGAGGAAUAUGUGGGUACAACGAGGAAGACAGAGACCGGAAAAGAAUGCUAUUUGUGGGAUUCUAAACCCUAUGGAAAGACUGACGACUUCGAUCCAUCCGAAAGCUACGAGGAUCACUUCCCAGACAAUCAUGAUAAAACAACUACGGCAGCGGAAAACUUUUGCAGGAAUCCAACUUCAAAGGAGAGACCCUGGUGCUUCGUUGCCGAUGCAGACAAAAAAUGGGAAUAUUGCAACAUCUCAAUCUGCCCAGACUACCCCAGUUGCCUCAACUCUCCUGGGCAUGCUCUCAGUCGGCUUGAGACAUUCCAUUUCUUAAAUGAUGCUCCAUACCCCGUUGUGUGUAAUCUCCAUGCCCAUAAUCCGUAG